UGUAAACAGCUUGUUAGUUGUUAGCUUGUUACUUAGUCGCGUGGGAAGCUACGCUGUGUUUUGUUAAUUGGGUGGAGUGGUUGGCUACUACACGGUGAGAUGAGGAACGUAGAGAUAAAAGCAAAGGUCAGGAACCUCGCAGAACUCAUCUCGAGGGCAGAACAGCUUAGUAACUCCAAAGGCGAAGUUAUAAAACAGGAAGAUACGUUUUAUAAUGUGCCUCGAGGAAGACUCAAACUUAGAAAAUUUGAGGUAUUUCACCAAGCGGAUGGAACAUCACAGUUAAUAUGUUACGAAAGAGCCGAUACUGAAGGACCUAAAGUAUGUGAGUACACGAGAGUUGAUUUUCCACCUGGUUCGAACCCAGGACCAGUAUUGGCUCAAGCAUUGGGAAUUAAAGGAACUGUAAAGAAAACUCGAAGGCUUUACCUUGUGGGUAACACAAGAAUACACAUUGAUGAAGUCUUUGGCUUAGGAAAAUUUAUGGAGUUGGAGGUUGUUCUUACUGAAGACCAGCGUAUUGAAGAAGGUCAAGCGGUGGCUGAAGAUAUUAGGAGGAAAUUAGGAGUUGAAGAAACAGAUCUCUUAUCUGGUGCAUAUAUGGAUAUGUUGUUGAGACGUUGAUAUUAUAUGUUGUUUUAAGAGGAUCAGCAGUUAAUUGCAACCCCAUGCAAAGUCUGAUAGAUUAACAAAAGUGAUAUGAAUGUCGAGAGGUUUGUGGCUUACAGGAACACUGGUCUCGUUGAGGUUUUGUUAAGGCCUUAAUUGUAUUUGUAAGCAUGAAUCAUUGUUGGAAGUUUUGUAAGCAGUGAAGCAUUUAAUAUGUGAAAUAAAGGUUAUUUUAUGUAAA